AUGGAGCCUAACAUGGGGCAAGCCCUGGCUGCCGUCCUCAUACUGCUGGUGACCACGAGAGCACUAUGGUAUCUGCUUUGGAGGCCAUAUGCUGUGGCCAGGUGGUUCGGGCGGCAGGGCAUCCAAGGUCCGCCUUACAGGUUCCUGGUUGGGUCCCUGCCGGAGUGCCAAACGAUGCUGGUCGCCGGGAGAGCCAAGGCUCUGGACACCAGCUCCCACGACUGCAUCACCACUGUGCAACCCUUCUUCCGGAAAUGGGCCUCCCAGUAUGGGAAAACAUUCCUGUACUGGUUGGGGCCGACACCAGCCCUGUGUUGUACUGACAUGGAGCUUGUGAAGCAAAUGUUCAGCGACAGGACAGACGUGUUUCAAAAAGAAUACUUGAAUCCGAGCCUGGACUCAAUUCUAGGGAACGGGGUCAUAUUUGCAAACGGAGACGACUGGAAGCGACGCCGCAAAUUCGUCCACCCGACUUUCAACCAGGAGACGAUCAAGGUUACUACUUACUAA